AUGGUGGGACUAGACCAGAGGAUGUCCUCAAGUCCAAAUCGUGGGUCCAAGGCACCCGGCACCAAUAGUCGGCCAACCAGCAAGGAUGGCUCGAAGAAAAACAUUUGGUCCUCGCUACUCGAUAGCGUCGCCAAUGGGAAGCGCCUACCCGAAAAAAACUUGUUAAUUCUCGGAGGAACACCUGAAAGCCAGAUAGAAUUUCUGGAGACUUUCUCAGCAGACACGUCGGCCGACCCGAACUUGGUGAAUGGAAAGCGGAAGGGGAAGACGCCGCCUAUCGCCAAUCAGUUCGCACUUGGAUAUACAUAUCGAGAUGUCCUCGACGCUGAUCAAGAAGAUACGCUGGCGCGCGUCUCAGCUUACCUCCUAUCCGAACCCUGUCCCUCAUUUGCACCGCUUCUCAAACCUCUCCUGACCCCUCAAUCUGUGCCGGAAACAUUGGUCGUCAUUCUGAUGGACUGGUCGGAUCCGUGGACAUGGAUCCGGCGACUAAGAGAAUGGGUUCGCCUGCUCCGCUCUGUCCUAGUUUCCCUCGAUGACGAAACAAAGAUUGUGAUGGAGGAGACCAUGACGGAGUGGCGCGAUCGUAAAAGAGGAAUGGAUGCCAGCGCGGGAGCCACAGGAAACUUGCCGAAUUCCGGAGGCCCAGUCACAAUACCAUUGGGACCUGGUGAAUGGGAUGAAGGGCUGGGAAUCCCAAUGUGUGUGGUUUGCCAAGGUGCGAAUAAUAUCGAGAAACUGGAGAAGGAUCAUGGCUGGCACGAAGAACAAUUUGAUUUCAUCCUCCAAUUCCUGAGAACCAUCUUGUUGAAGCAUGGGGCGUCCCUCAUUUACACAACACCUUUCCAUGCGAAUUCUUUGCAAAGCCUGAUCCACUCAUCCUUGGGUAUACACUCACUCUUGAAACGACAGUCAUUAAAACAUAAUGUGAUCGACCGCGACAAGAUUCUCGUCCCCGCCAACUGGGACUCGUGGGGCAAGAUUAGGAUUAUCCGCGAAGGUUUCGACAUGGAGGGAGCCUCAACUGCAUGGUCAAUUGAGAUCCAAGAUCCUCCUGAGCCUCUAGGCCAGCAUACCGAUGCGCACCAAGAAAACGAGGAAGAGGACGGUACAAGUGCAGUUACAGUGUUCGAGCAGACCAUCAAAGAUCCCAAGCGUGACACAACAAUCGCCCAUCCGAGCGCCUCAAACAAUGGGACUAAGAUCGAAGUCGAGACAUCUGAUAUGCAAGGAUUCCUUACACAACAGCUUGACAUGCUCGAACAACUCAAGGCCAAGGAUGAGAAGGACCGUGCGAAUGAGCCAGCACCGACACUGGAGAUGUCACCAAUGGAUGACCAGGGCCGAGUCAAUGAGCACAUCGGCCCGGUCCAAUUUAACAUGGGUGGCAUCCAGGUGGACGCGGAUGAUAUGCUGAAGAAGCUGCGGGAUCGCGAAGCCAGUCGCGCGCAACGGAAAGAGAGCGUUCCAAACCCAGGCGACGAGAAGGCCCAUAACCAAGCCCUGGCGAACUUCUUCGCCGGCCUCGUCAAGAAACCUGGCAGCAGUCCUCGUGGCAGCCCAUCCCAGUAG